GCCUGCGCGCGGCCUUCCGACCGCGCGCCCUCCGCUACGUCAGCGCCGCGCGCCUCCCGUGUGCGUCAUCGCCGCGCGCCGCGCCUGUCGGCUCCGGGAAGCGGGUGGGCGCACAGAUGGCGGCGGCGGGAUGCGACGGCGACCCCGGGCCUGCAGAGGAGCUGCUGGUGGCCUGGAACACCGUGAGCACCGGGCUGGUGCCGCCCGCCGCUCUGGGGCUGGCGUCCUCCCGGACCAGCGGAGCGGUGCCGCCCAAGGAGGAGGAGCUGCGGGCGGCGGUGGAGGUCUUGCGGGGCCACGGGCUGCAUUCGGUCCUGGAGGAGUGGUUCGUGGAGGUGCUGCAGAACGACCUGCAGGCCAACAUCGCCCUGGAGUUCUGGAACACCAUCUCCCAGCGCGAGAACUGCGCAGACGAGCCCCAGUGCCUUCUGCUGCUUCUGGACGCCUUCGGCCUCUUGGAGAGCCGGCUGGACCCCUACCUGCGCAGUCUGGAGCUCCUGGAGAAGUGGACGCGCCUGGGCUUGCUGAUGGGCGCCGGCGCUCAGGGGCUGCGGGAAAAGGUCCACACCACGUUGCGCGGCGUCCUGUUCUUUUCCACUCCCAGGACCUUUCAGGACAUGAUCCAGCGCCUCUACGGCCGUUUUCUGAGAGUGUACAUGCAGAGCAAGAGGAAGGGGGAGGGGGGCACGGACCCCGAGCUGGAGGGGGACCUGGACAGCAGGUACGCGCGGCGGCGGUACUACCGGCUUCUGCAGAGCCCGCUGUGUGCCGGCUGCGGCAGUGACAAGCAGCGGUGCUGGUGCCGCCAGGCGCUGGAGCAGUUUCACCAGCUCAGCCAGGUCCUGCACAGGCUCAGUCUGUUGGAGCGGGUCAGUGCCGAGGCUGUGACCAGCACCCUGCACCAGGUGACCAAGGAGAGGAUGGAGGACCGAUGCCGGGGCGAGUAUGAGCGCUCCUUUCUGCGUGAGUUCCACAAGUGGAUUGAGAGGGUGGUGGGCUGGCUGGGCAAGGUGUUCCUGCAGGAUGGCCCAGCCCGACCUGCGUCCCCGGAAGCCGGCAACACACUGCGCCGCUGGCGCUGCCACGUGCAGCGGUUCUUCUACCGGAUCUACGCCAGCCUGCGUAUCGAGGAACUCUUCAGCAUCAUCCGAGACUUCCCGGACUCCCGGCCAGCCGUCGAGGACCUCAAGUACUGCCUGGAGAGAACUGACCAGAGGCAGCAGCUGCUCCUGUCCCUCAAGGCUGCCCUGGAGACACGUCUCCUCCAUCCAGGCGUGAACACGUGCGACAUCAUCACCCUCUACAUAUCGGCCAUCAAGGCCCUGCGUGUGCUGGACCCGUCCAUGGUCAUCCUGGAGGUGGCCUGCGAGCCUGUUCGCCGCUACCUGAGGACGCGGGAGGACACAGUGCGGCAGAUUGUGGCUGGGCUGACGGGGGACUCCGACGGGACAGGAGACUUGGCUGUUGAGCUGUCCAAGACGGAUCCAGCGAGCCUGGAGACCGGUCAGGACAGCGAGGAUGACUCUGGCGAGCCAGAGGACUGGGUCCCCGACCCCGUGGAUGCUGAUCCAGGCAAGUCCAGCUCCAAGCGGCGCUCCUCGGACAUCAUCAGCCUUCUGGUCAGUAUCUACGGCAGCAAGGACCUCUUCAUCAACGAGUACCGCUCGCUGCUGGCCGACCGCCUCCUGCACCAGUUCAGCUUCAGUCCCGAGCGGGAGAUCCGCAACGUGGAGCUGCUGAAGCUGCGGUUUGGGGAAGCCCCGAUGCACUUCUGCGAGGUCAUGCUGAAGGACAUGGCAGAUUCCCGUCGCAUUAAUGCCAACAUCCGUGAGGAGGAUGAGAAGCGUCCCGCAGAGGAACAGCCGCCUUUCGGGGUCUAUGCCGUCAUCCUGUCCAGCGAGUUCUGGCCGCCCUUCAAGGACGAGAAGCUGGAGGUCCCCGAGGACAUCCGGGAGGCCCUUGAGGUUUACUGCAAGAAGUAUGAGAAGCUGAAGGCCAUGCGGACCCUCAGCUGGAAGCACACCCUGGGCCUGGUGACCAUGGACGUGGAGCUGGCCGACCGCACCCUGUCUGUGGCCGUGACUCCUGUGCAGGCGGUGGUCUUGCUGUACUUCCAGGACCAAGCUCUUCUGGACAUACAUCCAGGCCAUGCUGACCAACCUGGAGAGCCUCUCGCUGGAGCGCAUCUACAGCAUGCUGCGCAUGUUUGUGGUCACGGGGCCCGCACUGGCCGAGAUCGACCUGCAGGAGCUGCAGGGCUUCCUGCAGAAGAAGGUGCGCGACCAGCAGCUCGUCUACUCGGCUGGUGUCUACCGCCUGCCCAAGAGCUGCAGCUGAUACCCCCCGGGCCUGCCCAGGCCCUCGCAGCGCGGAGUAAAGCAGAUGGUUCUCUGUCCUCUCCCUGUCCUGGUGGCUUUGUGGGCCCAUCACGAUCCUGUGGUCCAGGCUCUUCCUCCAGACAGACCUCUCCACCCCCGUUUCGCAGGACCUGGCUCCCUGGGAGCAGGCGAGGGGAAACACACGGGUGGCCAGGCCCCCAUCCUGGCCUGUACCCCUGGGUUGGGCUCCAGACCCAGAGCCCCAGCACACCCCUAGGCCACACCAGCUGGUGACAGCUCACCUCUGAGCUCAAAGCUCAGGCGGGAGCUCACACUGGAGGGUUCCAGCCCCGAGCUGCACUCUGGCCUUUGGAAGGAGCCCUUGGGUCCCCAGCCCUUUUCCUGGCCUGAAGGUCCAGGGGUGUUGCUGGGAUGCAUGGACGCCAUUGGAACGCGUGAGAUGGACAGGCAGCUGGGCAUCUCCUCAGGUCUCCAGCAGGAGGGGCUGGCUGUUUGUGGUUCACAAUAAAGUUAGUUUCUGUGCCCUCA